GGCGGGAGCCGCCCGCCGCGACGCCAUGUUCCCAUCGUGGGGGUUUCCAGCUGCAGUCCUUACAACUUUUGCAAGCAUUUACUUUUUACCAUCUCCCAUUGAUCCAGAGCCAUUCAUUUUUGAAAAGCCACCUCCUGCCUUAGUUGGAUCAUUGCAAGUGAAUAACAAGCUUCAGAGUGGACAAAGAAUUUUCACAGGACAACUGAAAGGCCCCGAGUCUUUUACUGUUGAUGAUGAAGGUAAUAUCUACACUGGUACUGUGGAUGGGAAACUGUGGAGGAUCAGUGGUGACCAGCUGCAUUUCCUUACUCAGAUGGGGCAGGAUAUGCCGGAAUGUGGAACUCCAGACUAUGAACCAGUAUGUGGCCGGCCUCACGGAGUCCGAAUGGAUCAGGCUGGUAACUUGAUUGUGGUGGAUUCUUAUUUAGGCCUGUACAAAGUCAACCCAAGGACAGGAGAGAAAACCCUCCUGCUAUCGAGUGAAAAAGGUGUGGAUGGGCUGCCUUUCAAAUUCCUAAAUGGAUUAGAAAUAUCAAAGAAAAAUUUGAUUUAUUUUACGGAUUCAAGUAGCAAGUGGGAAAGACGACAUCACAAAUAUGAGGUAAUUGAAACAAACCGCCUCGGUCGCCUGUUGGCCUAUGACCCUGUGACCAGCAGAGGAAGAGCAGUGCUCGGGGGCUUGUACAUGGCAAAUGGGAUUGCGCUGUCUCCCGAGGAAGACUACGUGUUAAUAGCAGAAACCAGCAUAUGCAGAAUCAUACGCUAUUGGUUGAGUGGAGCUAAUGCAGGAAAAAAAGAAGUUUUUAUGGACAACCUGCCUGGGUAUCCGGACAACAUCAGAUUAUCAAACACAGGCUUAUACCGAGUUGGAAUAUCUACUACGCGCUUUCCUAGUUUCUUUUCUCCUUUUCUGGAUGUUUUAGGACCGUAUCCAUUCCUGAAGAGAUUUAUUGCAAAGGUGACUCCUUUAUCGUUCUACAGCAUUUUUCUUCACAAACAUGGCUUGUUCUUAGAAAUUAACAGCAAAGGAGACAUUGUGGCAAGCUUCCACGACCCCGACGGUAGCGUCACUUGGGCUGUCAGUGACGUGUUUGAGCAUGAUGGGAAGGUGUAUCUAGGCAAUACAGAGCUGCCUUUUCUCGUGGUGCUACAGUAAACUUCAUUUUUCAUAAGCUGGAGCAUGAAAAGAAAGAUAGCAGCAUUGUUUCAAGCAGCUGUUAAAUAUUUUUCUCUACUUAAUGGAAGACUGCUGCAUCACUGAAGGAAGAAGUGAAACUGAUGCCAUGUGGUUAAGCAGAAAUGAAAAUACAACGCAGAAAUACUUGUUUCAGAAACUUGUGAAAGCCUUGGACUUAAAUAGGUUAAAGGUACAAAAUCACCUCACUCUAUAGUUCAGAAAAUAGUCGUGUAUAUAUUUUUAAGCAGUUGCUCAUCCAAGGAAUUAAACUCUGUAACAGCAACUGAGGUGAAUAAGUAGCACAUACUCACUGUUGCUCACAGUUCCCAUUUUGGAAAAAGCCUUAUGUAGGAUUUUAUUCUUCCUCUUUCCCAGAGGCAGAACACACUGCUUUUAAUUAUGAAUAGCAGUUUCUGCGCUUUUUUGUUGAAGUUUUCCAUCUAUUCAACAUCAGUUUCCAAGGAAAUACGAGCAAGUUCAGCUUGCAUUUAAGUUUGUUCUCUCACCUGAGUGUUUCUUCCUGGUGCAGUCACAUGUUGUCUUGCCAGACACUGUACGUAAGGUUCCCUGUG